UGUGGAAGUGAAGUUUUUCCACUUGUUUUUCAGAGAGGACCGAUAGGGGGCAGCAACCGGACAUUGUUGCUCUUCUAAUAACUUCAUCAUAACGCCACAGAAGAAGAAACGCAACAGCGGCCUCUGGGUGAAGAAAAUGGCCGAUGUGGAAAUGGACUUACAAAGCGAGCGGCUGAAUAACGGGAACGAGGAUUUAGAAAGUCCAGAAAAGAGCGGGAAUGAGAACGGCGACAUGUCUGAAGAGGAUGAGGAAGAGGAGGGUGAGGAGCAAGCCGAGGUGAAUGGAGAAAACCAGAACUCGACUUCCAAGCAUCACGGUAGCGGUGGCAGCAAACACAAGAAGAAGAAACACAAGCACCGCAGCAAACACAAAAAACAUAAACGGUCAUCUGAGGAGGAGAAGGAGCGCAAACGAAAACAUAAACACAAACAUAAGAAGCACAGACGCAAAGAGGGGACGCCACCUCCUUUAGGAGUCGUUAACCUAAAGAAUGAUGCUGGCUCCCCUUCCUCCGAAAUUCCAAAUCUGGAUGACAGGGCUUUGCUGGAGGACUUGGAAAAGCAGAGAGCCUUGAUCAAAGCUGAGCUAGAUAGCCAGCUGAUGGAGGGCAAGGUUCAGUCAGGCAUGGGCCUGAUCCUGCAGGGCUACAACUCGGGCUCAGAGGAGGACGGAGAUGGGCAGAGACAGCGAAAUGGGGAGCAGCGACAAAAAGGCAGUUUGGGUAAAACUCGCUCACCAAGGGACCAGAGCAUCAAAGGCGGCAAAGCCAGACGAGACUCUCCAGAAGCAGCUAAAUCCAGCACUAAACGCCGUAGCCGGUCCAGAGAGAAGGACAGAGCAGCACGAGAAAACAAAAUCAGUAGACCAAGCAAGGGUGCAAAAGAGGCACCCAAGGAGCGCAGCAGAUCCAAAGACCGAAGGAGCCGAAACAGAUCCCGAGAGAGGGCAAGGAAGUCGCCGUCUCCCUCCAGCAAGAAGCGUUCAGCAGAAAAAAAGCCCGAACAAAAAGGACGCCCCUCAGACGGAAAGGACAGCCGGACAGAAAGUUCCCGGGUGGAGGAAAAGAAGAUUACUCACGAGCAGAGUAGCCGGAGAUCGAGUUCACCAGGACAUUCACACAAGAGGUCUCACUCCAAAGAUGCCCGUUCUGGUCACUUGGAAACGGAGCGGGACAAAAGGCCGGGAAAGUCACCCUCCAAGGAUGCCUCAUCGGGGAAAGAGAAUCGCUCACCACGCCACAGGAGGGUGUCGAGCCCUCUGCGUCGUCGCAGCUCCUCCACACACGCGAGAGACCGCCAGUCCCAUCAGACAGGCUCAGGUUCCAAACAGAGCUAUUCUCCUUCUAGGAACAGGUCGCCAGCAAGAAUGGAUCGCAGGAGAGAGUCCCCAACCAGGAUGCGUUCCCGUAUGGAUGGGAUCGGAAGGGACUCGAGCCCAGUGAGACGCAGGGUAAGUCGUUCGCCACUCAGACGAAGGUCUGUUUCACCGCGCUGGCAGUCCCGUCCCUCACCGAGAAGAAGGAGUCGUUCCCCUCUGAGACGCAGGUCCACCGAGAGGGAUCGAUUUGGUCGCAUCAGACCCAGACGCUCCACAUCCAGAGAACGAGAGCGCAGGAGGAGGCGGAGUAGAGACGAGGACAAGUUUAAGGGGAGCCUGUCGGAAGGCAUGAAGGUGGCACAAGACUCUUCCUCUGAGGAAGUGAUGGAAGAUUAUGAGGCUGAGGAGGAGGAUGAAGAGGCUUUGAUCGAACAGCGACGACAGCAAAGACUGGCUAUAGUUCAGAAAUACAAAGGGGGGAACGAGGACAGCAACAUGGGUUCAAUGGCAUCGGAGCCGAGCAGUCCCCAGAGCAGCCCGCGUAGUCGCUCCGCCUCGCCAGACGACAUCCUGGAACGCGCCGCUGCUGACGUGAAGGAGUACGAGCGAGAGAAUAUCAACACAUUUGAGGCCAGCGUAAAGGCCAAGCACAACCUCUUUAACCCAGAGAAAGAGGGAGCGAGCUCAAAGAAACCCUCCGCCCCCGACAUGUUCACAGAGUCGGACGACAUGUUUGCUGCAGACUUUGAUAGUGCCAGACUCAGGGCUGUGGGUGUUGGCAAGGACUAUAAGGAGAACCCUAAUCUCAGAGAUAACUGGACUGAUGCUGAAGGAUACUAUCGUGUGAACAUUGGUGAGAUGUUGGAUAAGCGGUACGACGUGUACGGUUACACAGGACAAGGUGUCUUCAGUAAUGUCAUCCGAGCCAGGGACUCUGCUCGAGCUGGCCAGGAGGUGGCAGUCAAGAUCAUCCGAAACAAUGAGCUCAUGCAAAAGACAGGGCUGAAGGAACUGGAGUUUCUGAAGAAGCUUAAUGACGCCGAUCCUGAUGAUAAAUUCCAUUGCUUGCGCCUCUUUAGACAUUUCUACCACAAACAGCACUUGUGUCUCGUGUUCGAGCCUCUCAGUAUGAAUCUUCGUGAGGUCUUAAAGAAGUAUGGGAAGGAUGUAGGGCUGCACAUUAAGGCUGUUCGUUCAUACAGCCAGCAGCUGUUUCUGGCACUGAAGCUGCUGAAGCGCUGUAAUAUUUUACAUGCUGACAUUAAGCCGGACAACAUAUUGGUGAACGAGUCAAAAACCAUUCUCAAGCUGUGUGAUUUCGGCUCAGCGUCCCAUGUAGCUGAUAACGAUAUCACACCUUACCUGGUCAGCAGGUUCUACAGAGCCCCCGAGAUCAUCAUCGGGAAGCCGUAUGAUUAUGGAAUUGAUACGUGGUCAGUGGGUUGCACGCUGUAUGAGCUUUACACAGGAAAGAUUCUGUUCCCUGGUUCUUCCAACAACCACAUGAUCAAACUGGCCAUGGAUCUCAAAGGAAAGAUGCCCAACAAGAUGAUUCGGAAAGGCUUGUUUAAGGAUCAACACUUCGACCAGAACUUGAACUUUUUGUACAUAGAAGUGGACAAAGUGACUGAAAGGGAGAAAGUAACAGUGAUGAGCACCAUCAACCCCACUAAAGACUUUCUCUCCGACCUGAUCGGCUGCCAGAGGCUCCCAGAAGAGCAGAGAAAGAAAGUGAUGCAGCUAAAGGAUCUGCUGGAUGGCACUCUGAUGCUGGACCCAGCCAAGCGCAUCAGCAUAAACCAAGCCCUCCAGCACCCGUUCAUCCAGGAGAAGAUUUGACCCUUCUCCGUUCUUUCACUAUGUAUUUUUUUUACUUCUGUUGACCCUACCCUGGACGAGCAGUGGUCAUGCCAGCUUUUUUCCUGGAUAUGGACAACCCUGUAAAAGUUUUGUUCCAAUCCAGUUACCUGAUUGCUUUCCUGAGGUCCCUGUUAGGAUGAGUUAGAUUAAAUUGGGUCGAGCUAAGAUCUUGAUGGGUGCAGAUCAGGAGCUGGAGGGUUUGUAACCACUGCACUGUCGUUGGACCCAAACAGCAAAGGAAACUAUUGGAACCAUUGGAGACUUUAUUUUUAUUCGUUUUGGUUUUCAAUUCCUGUUAUGUUUAUGACCCUGUUGGAAUGAUUUUUAUUGUAAAUAAUCCAUACUUAAUUACAUGUCGUUCACACAA